UGUACAACCUAUGUUAUUUAUAUCAUUGUGGGUAGAUUUCACCCAAUUGUGCAAUAUGGUCCUGACAGUAAAAAGCCGCGAAGGAGAAGCCUAGGAGCGCCUUUUUCAUCGGAUGUGGACAGCAGAGGUCACUUCCAACAAUUAUCUGUCGACGAGCAGACGACACUUGAACUAUUUGAUAUGGCGACGGAGGGCGAGAUGCACGACUUUACCGGUAUCGACAGGGAAUCAGUUAUGCACGACCUGGAGGCGAAAGGGUAUGCUGUGAUACCGGACGUUUGCAGUGCGCAGGACUGUGACACGUAUAUAUCCCAGUACCGCGAUUGGCUGUCCCAGUUUGAGGAAGAUGAUUGGCCGUUUCAAGUUGAAUCAGUAAUACAGAGUUAUGACAUUGGACAUUUUGCAAAUACCUGGAAUUGCCGAUUAAAAGCAAAGCCAGUUUACGCUAAAAUUUGGGAGACCGAGAAGCUCCUCACAAGUUUCGAAGGUGUAUCUAUUUCAUUUCCCCCUGAAACUGAAAGAUUCGGUAUUUAUGACUACGGCAAAGAUUGGUUCCUUGCUGACCAAUCGCCACAAAGAGUUGGUCUCCAUGGUUACCAGGGAGCAAUGUUUUUGGAAGAGGCGUCAGAAACGGACUAUUGCUUCCGGGUCCUGCCGGGGUCACACAAACAUUUCGAGGCUUACUAUGAAGAAUUUGAAGACAAUGCAAGGAAGAGCUCCAGAAACCAAUUUAAUAAAUUAGGCGACGAUGAAAAAGCUUGGUUCAAAGAAAAAGGAUGCGUUGCCCAAAAGGUUCCCGUCCCCAAAGGAGGGAUGGUUGUUUGGGAUUCGCGAACAGUGUACGAUAAUUGCAGACCAGUUAAAGGCCGUCCUAAUUCCGACAGGUGGCGCUUUGUGGUUCUUGUAUCCAUGGCGCCUGCGCAAUGGGCUAAACCGGAUUACAAGACAGACAGACGAAAGGCUUACAAGAAAAUGAUGACGACAGACCAUUUUCCGUCACAAGGAAUCAAAAUGUUUGAAGCCUCUCAUCCUCCACAUUUCAGCGACAUUAUAUCUCCUAUUGGCGAAAGUCUUCCGGAAGUUGCCACGACAAAGGAGGCGUUGCUGUUGUCUGGAGUAGAGGAGUACGACUUUGACGACGGUGAACCUAACGGACCUUCCUGGCAACCUGUCUGGAAGUAGAGCACCGGCCUCUGAUGCACACCGGACGCAAACACUACCGAUCAAAAAUAACUUCCACAUCAUAAGGACAGUUUCGAUGUAACAAUAGUUUGGUAUAGUCUUCGAAAAAAGGGGAAGGUAUUUUGGAGCAUUUCUUUUCAUAUCAAGUGCUUGUAAUCUAGAACCACUAUGUACAAGUGAUUAUAAAAUAUAUAAUUCAUCUAAGGACACUAUACCUUUAGCUGUGUUAUACAAAGGGAUUCCGAUCGGGGAAUACAAAACAUCUGUAACGGUUUUUCGUUAUUUCAUGACGGACUGACUCUUUGGGUGAGUGAGUAUGUUGGGUUCUAUGCCGUUUGGGGUGAAGAUCCGGGGUAGAAUAGGUCUUCAGGAACCAAUGCUUGCCGAAAAAGGUGACGA